CUGCUGCUCUCUUGCAAAACAAGCGGUCACAAGCUCGUAGCAAGCGCGUAAGUACCGCAAAAGACAGCCUCCGCAAGCAUCGCGAGGCCCUCAAAGCGCUACCGAGCGCGUAGCACGGCACACACGCGGGCGGGCAGCCCAUAGCUACCGAGAGUGUAGCACCGCAGGGGCAGCCUCCGCAAGCACCGCCACAAGCACGCACGCACGAUGACGCAGUGGUCCCCCGUCAAGGGCGCGAACCUCCUCGUCGACCCGCGGGCGGCGCAGCGCAGGGAACGACGGGAGCAGCGCUACCCGGCGCCGCCGGUCCCGCCCGUCGAACCACCACCAACGUACGACUUCUCGAAGCGCUUUCGCAAGCCCCAUGCGACGCGGGGCGGCGCCGACUUCGGGCGGUCGAGCGUGCGCGCCCAGCGUCCCGGACGCGCGCGGCGAUGGCGUGCUGUGGAGCAAUUCCGUGACGGCGUCACCCCGCGCAGGCGCCCAGAAACUACUUCAAGGACGUGCCUCCGCCCGAGCGCGUCGACCAGAAGCCCAUGACCGCCAAGGACUUCGCAAAAAUGAAGCACGUCGAGUUCAAGAAGCACCUCGCCAUUUCGCGGAGCGGCGUCGACGGGUCCACUCCCCUGGCGUGCCGGCGCGGCCUGCUCCCGAAGACCAUGGGUUCCGGGAGGCAUCAGACAAAGGUCGACCGGUCCAAAUGCAAGACGGGCGCGGAGAUGCGGCGCGGGCGGCCGGCGCGGCCGCCGUCCGACACGUUCGAGUGGUGCGGUGUCAAAUUCAAGGUGAAGCGGCCGCCGGUCGAGGCGGAGCCCGCCGUACCCAGCGUCGACGCCGUGCCGGAGGCGGCCCCGCGCGAACCGCGCCCGGGCACCGCGGCGCGGAAGGCGGCCGCAGACAUCACGGCCUCCGUCGUCGACGACCUGGGCGGCUCGGCCGCGCCGGCGCCCGCGCCGCUGACGCCCUGGGAGGAGUCCUUAGUCGGCGACGCCUUCAAGGCGCCGGAAGGGUCGCGGUUCAAGGACCGCGACCUGCUCGCCGGCGUCGACGUGUAUGCGCACAUGCGCGACCACGCGGCGCGCGGCCGGCCCGUCUCCACAAUCACGGGAAGACUCCAGCCCUACCGCGGCGAGGCCACAGGGCGGCCCCCGAAAUUCGUGCCGCUCGAGGUGGGUAA